GAUGAUUAUUAAUAUUAAGAUAAACCAUAAAUUUGAUGAUUAGUAUUUACAAAACGAUUAUGAACGGAGUGGCAUCUAACAUCUUUUCAGGAAGAUAUUUAAGUAAUAUCAGCUCUGGUCUUAGGAAAUAGAGUAUCUUUAAGUUUGUGCUAGUUAUAUUAGCAUUGUCCUAAAAACUCUCGUAGCUUGGGAAAUAAAGAUAAAGUAGAUUUUAGCUCAUGCUAACUAUAAAAAGCAAUAUUUUGAUAGAUUGAUAGCAGUAAAAUUAUUCAUUAAUAUUCAGCAUAGUGUGAAUAAAUGAAUGGAAGAACUUUGAGCCAUCUUCUUUUUUAAAUUGCUACAUCUUUUAAUUAAUAGUACUACGAAUAAUAAAAUUAAUGUGAGCAAAAUUUUUGGUGAUCAUAGAAUGAAGAUGUAUCUUUAGUUGUUUAGUGAUUUAAUAAUAGAAUUGAGAAUGUAAUUUAUGGAGAUUUAAUAUUGAGUAG